AUGGACAAGUCUUGGAUUUCAAAAGACAUAGAUUCUUUAAAAUAUGAAGUGGGGGUUGAAUCUUUCUUGAUAUUUGCCGAAGAAAAUGCUAAGAAUCCUAAUAAAAUCCCUUGCCCCUGUGCACGUUGUGGGAAUUUUAAGAAGCAUUCUGUUAAAAUAAUUAGAGGUCAUUUAUAUGAAAAAGGAUUUAGUUCGGGGUAUGUUGAUUGGAUAUGGCACAGAGAAAAGUGUCCAACUAGUGAGUCAGCACCAAAGUCUUCUUUGGGUAGUAAUUUAGUCGAAAUUCCUACAUCCGAAAAUGUUGACAUAUGUGAAGCAGCGUAUGUGAGGAGUGAAUAUAUUGAUGAUUCGGCUGAAUUUAGUAGGUUUGUCGCUGAUGCAGAACAACUAUUAUACGUGGGUAGCGACAACAGCAAAUUAGAGUCGCUGUUGAAAUUACAUAAUUGGAAAUCUAGGUUUGGCAUAAGCGAUAAUGCCUUCACCGAUCUUCUUUCUUCUGUAGGGUCUUUACUGCCUAAAGACCAUGUGUUACCCGUGAAUGCGUAUGAAGCGAAAAAAACCCUAAAUGAUUUAGGCCUCAAGGAUAUUAAGUUUCACGCGUGUCCAAAUGAUUGUGUACUGUACAGGGGUUUAGAUAUUGAUGCGUCGGAGUGCCCCAAGUGCCAUCUGUCUCGUUGGAAGGAUGAAAAGGAUGGUAAACCUAGGACUAAUGUUUCAGCCAAUGUAAUGUGCGAAUUUCAAGAUGGCCAAAUGCGUCAUCCAGCCGACUCUCCUUCUUGGAGGAAUAUUGACUAUAGGUGGCCUGAAUUUGGUAGUGAGUCGAGAAACAUUCGCUUAGCAUUAGCUGUUGAUGGAAUAAACCCGCACACUAAUGGCCUUACCAAUAGGUACACUUGCUGGACAGUAGUUUUAGUAACUUAUAACCUUCCUCCAUGUUUAUGCAUGAAGAGGAAGUUUAUGAUGCUAACUAUACUAGUUUCAGGUCCACAUGAACCGGGUAAUAACAUUGACGUGUAUUUGCAACCAAUGAUUGAUGAGGUGAAAAAGCUUUGGGAAGAAGGUGAAAGGAAUGUAUACGAUGCGUAUACAAAGUCUUAUUUCACAUUAAGAGCUGUUCUAAUGUGGACCAUAAACGACUUUCCGGCGUAUGGAAAUUUGUCGGGCUGUCUGAAUAAAGGUUAUAUGGCGUGUCCAAUUUGUGGAGAUGACACAGUAGCUAAACAUUUAAAAUAUAGCAGAAAAAUUUGUUACCAAGGACAUCUAAGAUAUUUACCACCGCAUCAUCCCUAUAGGAGGAGUAAGGCAGCUUUUAAUGGAGAACAAGACUUUGGAUGUGCACGUCAACCCCAUUCUGGUGAAGAAGUCUUAAGGCAGCAGGAGCAUAUUGAAUUUGCAUUUGGGAAGGAGGUGAAAAAAGCAAAAAAAGUGGAUUGUCCAUGGAAGAAGAAGUCAAUUUUCUUCGAGUUGGAGUAUUGGAAAUUUCAUCACGUACGUCAUUGUCUCGAUGUUAUGCACAUUGAAAAAAAUGUGUGUGAUAGUUUAAUCGGGACAUUGUUGAAUCUUCCAUUCAAGAGUAAAGAUAGCGUGGACUCUCGUCGUGAUAUGAUUGAGAUGGGUGUGAGGCCUUACCUGGCUCCCGAAGUAGGAGAAAAGCGAACCUACCUCCCCCCUGCCCCUUAUACUUUGUCAAGAGCAGAAAAAAGAAAGAUAUGGAUGUUCCCGUUUGAACGGUUCAACAAAGUGUUGAAGAGUUAUGUUCGGAACCGUUACUAUCCAGAGGGGUGUAUAGCAGAAAGCUACCUAGGAGAAGAGUCGAUUGAGUUUUGCUCAGAAUUUGUUAGGCAAAGCUGCAUGAUUGCUGGUCUUCCAAAGGACAAGGGAAAACUUUCUGGGCCAUUAUUGGGUGUAAUGGUAAAGUCUGUGGAUGAGAAAGAAAGAGACGAGGCACAUUUACAUGUCCUGCAGAACAACUCUGAAAGGGUAAGUGCUGAAAUGGUAGAGAAUCCUGAAAAUAUUUCCGAUACGAUUAGAUGGUUGGCAGGCAAACCAUCGUUUUCAGUUUUAAGAUAUGAUGGUUAUUUGAUUGAUGGGGUACGAUACUUCACAAAGGACCGUGAUGAUGCAAGAGUUGUUCAGAAUAGCGGGGUUUCUUUAGUUGCCAGGACAGUACAAGUGUCCAGUGUUAAGGACAUGAAUCCCGUGGAGUCUGAUAUGACAUUUUACAGGAUAAUCGAAGAGAUUUGGGAAUUAGAUUACUAUGCUUUUAAAGCUCCACUUUUCUUAUGUAAAUGGGCAGACAGUGAGAGAGGUAUCAUAGUUGAUGAUUUAGGCUUCACUCUUGUAGAUUUCAGUCGGCUUGAUCACAAGAACGACAAGUAUGUGUCUGUUGACCACGUGAAACAAGUCUUCUAUAUUGAAGACCCUGUCGAUGCUAGGUGGUCUGUUGCAUUGAACUCUACAAAGGCAAAAUGUUGA